UGCCAUGGCAACUGCUGAAUCAUCUUCCACCCUCUGCAGCCGUCCUCUAAUUUAAUCUCCUCGUGCAGCAAAGGCCCCUCCACCGUCCGGGCCUGCAUUAGCACGAUGAUCUGAAGCAUCAAUUUGCUGCAGCCGCGUGUGCAGGGCAGGUUAGUCUCGGAGGACUCGGAGGUGCAGCAGGCUGAGCAGGACAGCAGCCUUUCGGAUGGGUAACGUACCCACUACAGUGAAGCACUGCCUGAGCUAUGAGCAACUCAUCGAGGAUUACCCAUGGCUGAGACACUGGCUGCAGGAGGAGAAGAACAUCACAGGACAUGAGUAUCCAGAGUUUGUUAAAAUCGUUGAAGUCGGCCCAAGAGAUGGACUUCAAAAUGAAAAGGAAAUUGUUCCGACAGGGGUGAAAAUCCAGCUGAUAGACAUGCUCUCAGGAACAGGCCUGUCUGUGAUCGAGGCCACCAGCUUUGUCUCUUCAAAGUGGGUACCGCAGAUGGCAGACCACACUGAUGUUCUCCGAGGAAUCCAGAGAGCGCCUCAUGUUCGGUACCCAGUUUUGACACCCAACCUGCAAGGCUUCCAGGAUGCUGUUGCAGCUGGUGCUACCGAAGUGGCGGUGUUUGGGUCAGCGUCAGAAACCUUCAGCAAGAAAAAUAUCAACUGCUCCAUUGAUGAAAGCAUGCUGAGGUUUGAGGAGGUCAUUAACACUGCCAAAGAGCGCCAAAUUCCAGUCCGCGGGUAUGUUUCCUGUGCCCUCGGGUGCCCCCAUGAGGGAGACAUCAAACCAUCCACAGUUGCUAAGGUGGCAAAGAGGCUGUAUGAAAUGGGCUGUUAUGAGAUUUCUUUGGCGGACACCAUCGGUGUUGGUACUCCAGGAUCCAUGUUGAAGAUGCUACAGGGAGUGAAGAAGGAGGUGCCCAUCAACGCUCUAGCAGUUCACUGCCAUGACACUUACGGGCAAGCAUUGCCAAACAUCCUGACUGCGCUUCAGAUGGGGGUCUGUGUGGUGGAUUCUGCUGUGGCUGGCCUGGGAGGCUGCCCCUACGCACAGGGUUCAUCUGGCAACGUUUCAACGGAGGAUGUUCUCUACAUGCUCCAUGGCAUGGGCAUUGAAACAGGUGUGAACCUUCCUAAAGUUAUAGAGGCUGGCUACUUCAUCUGCAACGCUUUAUGUCGCAACACAAACUCCAAGGUUGCCCAGGCAAAAAGCAGGACGCUGUAAUGUGUCUCUGUGAAGGAAGAUUAUCAAUUUUUUGACUCUGUUCCCUUUAAAGUGCUUCCCCUGUUGUUGCUGCCUUCAGAUUUGUUGCCUAUGCUUCUGUAUUUGAAGUACACGAUUCCUUGUGUCUGACAUAACUCUUCCAAAUCUCUCAUUUUCAAUUUGCAACUUUUCAGUUUGUUUCAGUGGUUCAAAGUUUAAUUGGACUCCAUGGACAUUUGUGAUCAACAGAAUGCUCCCAUUUUUUGUACGACUUUUGCUCUGUGUGGUUGGCCAUUAAAAAAGAAAGAACAGGUUACACUGAACUGAAAAUAACUAAAGGCUGAAAACAAACUAUCAAGGUGAAUUUUCUUUUAUGGUAGAGGUCUUGAUUGAUGCAUUUUAAAUUCUGAACUAUUUAAUUCUGUUUUGAUGCAUUUUCACAAUUAUUUGACUUUGACAAAUAAUCCCGGUGAACAUCAGUCACUUUUAUUACCUUGUGUAGUUCAGUGGCCUUAUAAGAAAAAUUUGACUGCUUUAGCUAUUUGCUGGAGAGGAUUUAUUAUUGCUGCAGGUGUAAGGGCAUCUUUUUUGCACUUUACUUUCCUGAGAAAAUUUUCUUUUUUGUCUACAAGCCCAGAUGCAAAUGAAGAAAAACACAUUACUCGAAUAACCAUAAAGAUAGUUUAAAAGCAAGGCUCUGAAGAGUUUUGUUUUUUGUCUUUUUUUCUCCCCCCAUCAGGUUUGCCAAAGAUCAUUGAAGAAGUGCUCCUUGAUUGUUUUUUGUAUUUAAAAAAAAGUUUUACCAUAACAUAAGCUACUGUCUGGAAUGAUUUCUGUGAGAGUAAAGUCAAAUGUGGUUUCA